AUAUAUGUAUAUAUAUCCUCCUGUCCAGCACCGCAGAAGGUCUUCUGAAGAAAGGCACUCAACCACCGGCACCAUUUGGGGAGGAAGAUUUUAGAUUUAUUCCUCAAAAGGGUCUGAAAGGAGAGACAAAUCCAUCAGAGAAGAAAAGCUUCAGGGGAGAAAUGGGGAGGGCUCCUUGCUGCGACAAGGCAAACGUGAAGAAGGGACCAUGGUCACCUGAGGAAGAUGCCAAGCUCAAGGAGUUCAUAGAGAAAUAUGGGACUGGUGGGAAUUGGAUUUCUCUCCCACAAAAAGCUGGCCUGAAGAGGUGCGGGAAGAGUUGCAGGCUUAGAUGGCUGAACUAUUUAAGGCCCAAUAUAAAACAUGGAGAAUUUUCUGAUGAGGAAGAUAGAAUAAUCUGGAGUCUCUAUGCAAGCAUUGGAAGCAGGUGGUCGAUAAUAGCUUCUCGGUUGCCAGGGAGGACCGAUAACGAUAUCAAAAACUACUGGAACACAAAGCUGAAGAAGAAAAUCAUGGGAAUGGCUCCUUCUCAGAGAAAGGCACCUCAUCAUCAACCAUCCCUUCCAACUCAUCUUCCAAUGGCAGUAUCAUCACCCUCACAAUCUCUGUCGUCGUCAUCGUCAUCGUAUCAAGGGAGUCGUUCUUAUUACAACCCAAGUGAAUCUGUCGUAGGCCUUGAACCCAUUUCAAUCCCAUCAAAUCUUUUGAGUAACUGCAACACCUACACAACCACAUCAACGGCAACAGCAACAACUAGUACUCUUCUUCAAGCCCAAGACGGUUUCAUGAGCCCCAUGCACAAUUAUCAAGUGAAAGAGGGUCUCCUCAUGUUCGGAGGUGAACCCAGUUGCAGCUCCUCGGACGGGAGUUGUAAUCAGAUCAGUUACGGCAAAGAGAUGGAGUAUGAAUACGGUGGCAGCGGCGGUGGCGGUGGCGGUGUUGGCAAUGGUGAACAAAUGGGUUUGGAGAGCUUUUCCUACACUGAUGUUUUCGACAACCAGAAAUUCAUGAUCGGAGGUAACGUCUACGGUGGAUGUGGGCUUGAUGGAUGGACCCCGAGCCAGAAGCCGAACGAUCAGAUGCUGGUAGAACCUCCAUUAGAUUAUGGUCUCGAGGAGAUUAAGCAACUAGUUAGCAGUAAUGGGUGUAGUAACUUGUGGUUUGAUGAAAACAAGACACAAGGGAGGGGGAUGUACUAUUGACAGUGACUGUAAGUAAAAUCAGAAGAUUUAAGGGGUAAGGUGGAUGCAGAUUCAGAUCAGACAUUCAGACUCGUGUUUGUGAGGAAGGAUUAUGUUUGAGAGAUGAAAUACUUUUGACAGUACAUGGUAAAGUUGCCUUUGUGCAUUUCUUUUUGGGAAAUGAUGUAUGUCUUCGUACAGCUUUACUGCACACCAUUCAGAAAUAAAUGUCAUGGAAACUAGAGAAAUCAUCAUCAUCAUUCAA